AGUGAAGUCUGAGGUUGUCCUAAAAUGGACACCGUAGUAUGGAACUCAUUUUUAUCUCGUAAUACUAUUUGUUUUUCAGUCGCAUUCAUUGUCAUGGUUGUUGCUAUUUUUAUUAUAUCUUAAUAAACUAUAAUUAAAAAAUAAGUAACUAAAAACAGUGCCCCUAAUAUCUAAAUAACCAUAUUUAUAAAUCAAAUACAAUCCUGAGUAAAAUGUCUCAGGGUAAGUUGAUGGUUGGCCAACCUGUCUUGAAACGAGUUUUGUUUCCCUUUUGGCUUCAUUGACUGCACGGGAGUGUUGCGACCAAGUUGUUUAGUUUGUUAAUUUAUACAGUAAUCAAGUAACAUCAAAUCUGGAAAUGGAAAUGUCUAAAAUUAAUUUUCCAACUUCGACCGACUGUGAUCACCGAGUGCAAAAACUCCAACAGCAAGUUUCAGUAAUGAGAAAAGAAAUUAAGAACCUAAGGCAACAUGCAGAUUCUGCAGUUCGUGAGCAAAGGAAAAGUUUAGCUGCCCUCCAAUCUGUUGUGGCAAGCAUGAAAGAGGAUGGACUUCUGAAGGAUGUAAAGGCAGACUCAUUGCCGACUGGUCGUACAGUGACAAGUCAAGCUUUAGAAAAAGGAGUUAUUCAGACUGCGCCAAUCGGUUAUAUCGAGUCCUGCUUCUCUUCUAAAAACGGGACCCCAAGGCAACCCACAAUUUGCAGCCUGUCCCGUGCAGUACUGAAGAUAAACAAGUCCAUUUUUAACAAUCCAGAGCAUUCGUUAAUAGGCUUAGACCAGUAUUCGCACGUGUGGAUUAUAUUUGUCUUCCAUAAAAAUGGGCAUGUGAGCUGUAAGGCGAAGGUGAAACCACCAAGACUCAAUGGGGUAAAAACUGGGGUCUUCUCUACCAGAACUCCCCAUCGUCCCAAUGCAAUAGGACUUACUCUUGCAAAAUUGGAAAUAAUUAAAGGGGACACGGUUUAUCUGUCUGGAAUUGAUAUGAUACAAGGAACUCCAGUCCUGGAUAUUAAACCCUACAUUCCUGACUAUGAUUCACCAAAAGGCAGAAGAAAUCAGCUCGAUACAGAGGAAAGUGCAAACCAGGACCAAGCUGAACCAGCGGCAGUGGUUAAUGAUAGUGAGAAAAAAAAUACAAUGAAGAGGGAUGUUCUUAGUGGUAAUUUGGCAAUUCCAAAAAUUACCGUUGGCCUUACAGAGGAAGAGAAGUAUUUGACUGACAACACCUACUUUGAAUCUCAGAUCACAGUUUUAGCGGAUAAAAAUGCAUCGUGUGACCCAGAAGUGGAUGCUAUUUAUCAGACCCCAAAUGAACAAAAAAUGCUUUCUGCUUUAGCAGAAGUUAAAAGCUAUAUAAGUCAGAGUGGUGCUUUCAGUGAGGCUAGUGUGGAAAACACAGCCACCCAGUCAUACUGCGCUACAGCAGAUCCUUGCAAGGAUGAACCUAAUAAAUGUAAUGAACAUGUUGUGUAUGAUGAAGCUUCCAAUACUACCAUUGCAUCCUGGGUAAGAGCGUCUCCUGUGACCAGUUUGGAAGUCCGGUUCACUCCACAUGCCGAGAGGGAUUUAAAUGCCUUUGAACCCCAAUAUCAAGCAGAAUUAGGAAAGCCGGUUUUCCGGUACCUCAAGUCUGCAGAUGAAGCCAAGGCUGCUAUUAAAGGUGUGCUGUCAGCCGACCCCCGCUCGGUGUACCGCAGGACCCGGUGUCGCGACCAGCUCUUCUACUUCACUCUGGAUACAGCCCACAUUACCUGCUGGUUUGGGGAAGGGUUUGCUGAGGUCCUCAGAAUAAAAGCAGUUGACAACUGAGAGAUCUGGUAACCGUGCAUAGCAUGCAGUAUACACAGAAACUCUCACAAAGACUUGUGUGAUAGUCGUAGAUAUUUUACUGUGAGGAGUAGCUAUUUGUUACCUUUACAAAAUAACUUUCAUUUAAAAAAUUGGCUUGAUUUAGGCUUUGGCAGACAUUACUUACUAUUUGGCAAUACACACAGACAAGAAGGUGGAUUUUUUGCAUAUUUUAAAUUAAAAAGCAAAGUCUUUCUAAAAAAAGAGAACCAGCUUAAAGUGUCUUUGGAUAUUGCAUGGCAUUCAUGAGACGACUGAUGUAAUGAUGUGGCAUGUCUUACAAGUAUAAUCACUCAUUUUGUUUUUACUGGAGCAAUCUAAGUAAAGUACCUUGCUCAAGGGUACAGCAGAAGUGUCCCCCACCUUGGAUUGAACCCACAACCCUCCGGUCAAGAGUCCAGAGCCCUAACCACUACUCCACAGUGCUGUCUCUUAAAUGUGUCAAUUUAUUCUCAGUUGAAGAGCAAUUUUAAUAUUCUUACCUGUCGAAAGAAGUAGGGUACAAAGGCCCAAAUUUACAAAGCUUUUUUUUUUUUUCUCUAUAUAAAGUUUGAACCAAUUUUUUCAUAAAUGAAAAGGUAUACCGUUGAGGAAAAAAAUAUGCUGCAACCACUGGAUUAUCAAACAACAAAUGGUGACAGGAAUAGAAAUUGUGUGAUAGCCUAACAGUGCUAGAAUUCCAUGGUGAUGAAUUUCUCAGGAAAUAUGAUUUCUCAGAAAAAGAAACACUUACUGAUUCUUGAAGUAUUGUGCUAGCUCUUACCCCUGAAUCCGGGAUUUUGAUCUUUAACAGUUAAAAACAAUUGCAGUUUCUGUUGUCAAUUAACUAUACAUAUGUGUAUUGCAGUGUUUUAAGUUGUUGUUCCCCAAAGGUGUACCAUAAUCCACUGCUGUUUUUAAGCUUUACAGUUAGUUACCAGUAGCACAUAAGAAAGCCUUUUGAAUAAGCUAGAAGAAAAUUACAUAUGUUCCUUAGACUCAUGAACAGUUUUCUAAAUGAAUAUAGUAUGUAAAAGGCAGAUAUGAAUCACACAGUAAAUCCAGUCAUCUUCACAGAAAGAGAAGUGCAAGAUAAACAUAUGUCCAUUUGAGGCUCAGUUGAGACAAGUUAACUCAUGUCAUUCCCAGGCCUCCAGUGGUCAUAGAGACUAAUGAUGAAAACAUGGUAAGGGGAAUCUGACUCGUAGCAUUUUCAGAGGGAUGAACCUGCUUUAUUUGUAUAUUCCUUUGUAAAUGUAUGCUCUGUUUUGCUCAGUUUUUAUUGUUUAUAUAAAUAAGCACAACAUGUGAUUUGUCUUUUUAGUUUCACAAUUUUAUGAACAGAUUUACUUAUAUAAGCCCUGAUAAUGACUCCCUUAGAACCCACUUAAUGGUCCUUUGUACUGCUAUUUAUAAUUAUAAUCAUCAAUAGCGAUGACAUUUUUCCAUAGAUUAGACUGCCUUGAUAAACAGUGGUUCUCCAAGAUUUGUGUUUCAGUCAUUUUCUUUGAGUUUUUUAUUGUUGUUUUUCUUUUUUCAACUCAAUCAAUAUAAUAGAAAUACAGAAAAAAAGAGCUAUGAAGGAAUUACCUGGCAGAUUUAAACAUCAAUUAAAUUUGUGAUUGCAAUAUAAACAUAAACUGUUAGAGAUUACCACUGGUCUACAAUUGAGAUGCACUGUGCUAUUUAGAUGCAAAUUGCUUUGUUAUAGUAGAUAAUCAAUAAUAACUUGAGGGAUGGGAAAGUCGCACCAUCUUCAGUCUACCUCUGUAUUAAGCUUUAAAAAUGUUCUUAAUGUAUACUGAAACCUGUCCAAUCUGAUGUCACUUGGGAUCAGAUACUGUAAAAAAAAUCUAAUACUGUACCUAAAGAAGGUAAAAUAACAAAACAAUUUGAAUUGAAUUAUUACAGUACAUACACAACAUAACAAACACAAUAAUGCCUCAGAAAAGUUCAACACGUCUCAAAUGUUUUACCUGUUAUUGCUACAAGCCUGUUGAAACCUUUCCCAUAGAAAGGCGUUCCCUUGUUCGUACUGUAUGUGUAUGCGAGAUUCAGGUGCUUUCUGUGGGCAUUCCGAUUUUUUUUGGUAAGUAGGCAUCUUUUCUUUUCAGAAUGUCUGAAACUGCCUUGCAUUUUGAAUUUUUCUUAGCUCUUUUUGUGUUGGUUUUGGUAAACUUAAUUAUUAUUAUUUUCUUUUAUAUAAGCACAAAUUUUCUUUCAAGAGAUAGCUUAUUGUGUGGACAUGUAGACAUUUUAUGUGCUGUUCAACAGCUGCACGUUUCAGAGUGGCAGUGUACCGCCACAAUAUGCCUCCCUGUCAGUGUCGUAUUGUGGUGUCAGAAACUGCUACCCUUGUAUAUGCAAUGGGAAAAUGAUGGUAAUACAUUCUGAUGAGUCAUAUUUUGAGAUUAUCCCAAAAAGUAAAUAAUUAUUUUACAAAAAUGUAAAAGCAGAAGAAAUGCCAUCCACACAUUGCUUUACAAUUAGGAAUACCCAUUGCCCAUAUUUUAGAAACAGGGAAGAUGGAUUACCUGUGUUUGAAAAAUAAAUCAACAAACACUGUUCAUACUACAAAUUUGGAAAGUAGCAUUACCCAUGUUGGAAAAAUAGUCAACAGUAAUCAUUUUAUCCAUUUAUACUUACUUAAUACCAAUAAAUGAAAAUGAUUUAGGUAGGGAGCUUUUUCUGACACAGUAAGAUUUACAUUGAUUUUAGGCAAAAUCAUGCCGGGUUUCUGACUAGAUAAGUACCAGCUUGUAGAGAGUAUCACACCAUUCAUUUUUAUUAAUGAUUUGAUGCCGGUAUGUAGCGGGGCUGGAUUUUACUGUCUUUCCAAUGGAUAAUACAGAUACAUUUCUUCAGCUUUUCACUUCCAAACAGCAUGUAACAUUUAUCUCAACCAGGUAAAAGAAUUGUGUAAUUUCUGAGCAAUCAUUAAAUACAUUUUAAUAAAUUACAAUUUGAAACCAAAUUAUCCUCAGUGUCAAUGCAGUAGCACAGCAGACACUGGAUAAAAAAGAAGGAACACCUACCACGUGUAGCACAUACAGUUGUAUAAAUGCGAUGUCUAUCACACAAACGUUUCAUUUGUUAUACAAUUACCAUUCUUGACAGGUAAAAUUUGCAGCUGCCUGUUGUAAAUCAGUGGGGAAAAUAGCCCUUUUAUUUAUUUUUUGGCAUGUACGGCAGUAAAUUAGCUUUACGAUUACUUAAACAUUUUCACUAGGGUGUAGGCCUACAAAAAAACUCCCAUUGAACAAAAAUGUGUAUGUGUUUGUUUUCUGUGAUUGGGGAAACUCAAAUGUGCUGUUUUUUUUUUUUAUUCAAAAGACUUGACAGACACUUGUUUUGUUGUCCUAAGCUGUACUAUAAAUCCUAUUCCACUUGGGGGCACUUCAGUGACAC